CCUGCAGAACCUGCUUCACUCCGACACAGUCAGAGGUCACUGCAAUGGCCUUCAUCCGACUUGUCACCGUGAUGCUGCUGAUCCACAUCAUAGGUGUUCUUGGUGCUGAGGUGAAGAGCUCCAUCAUUGGAGGGGAGGAGGCCCCAAAGGGCAAAUGGCCGGGAAUAGCCUUCCUGAAUGUCAUCACAGCUAAUGGUUUAAAGAAGUGGCGCUGUGGCGGCACCAUCCUCAACAGUGAAUGGGUGCUGACUGCUGCUCACUGCUGGGAUAAACAUCCUAACCCUGAUGUCACUCGAUCGAUGGUUACUGUGGGCACGCACGAGCUGAAAAAAGGUUCUUCUCGUUACCAUGAAAUCCAUUAUUUCCUCUCCCACCCUGAGUACAAGGCCCUGAGCCACGGCUACCAGAACGACAUCGCCCUAAUUAAGCUGAAGAAGAAGGUGAAGUUCAAUGGUUUGGUGAAAAAUGUGACUCUGCCCAAGGCUGAUGACGCCCUCCCCCUGUCUUCUGAGUGUUGGAUCGCCGGCUGGGGGGACGUUGGGGCCAACGCUCCUCUCCCUUAUCCGGAGACCCUGCGACAGCUACGGAUCCCCCUGGUGGCUCAGUCCACGUGUAAAAGUCAGUACCGUGACCUCCCCGCCAACGUGCUGUGUGCGGGGGGGAAAGAGAAGAACGCCUGCGAGGGGGAUUACGGCGGCCCGCUGUUCUGCAAUGCACCAGGGGUGGGCUUAGUUCAGGUGGGCAUUAUGAGCUACGGGAGUUCUGGCGGCUGUGGUGUCGAUGGCCUCCCUGGCGUCUACACCGAAGUGUCCAAGCAACUGCGCUUCAUCAACGACUACAUCGACAUUGAAUAGGAAGCCUCCAUGGAGGUGUAGCCCCACCCAUCCACCCUGCCUUCCUCUAGGCCCCUGCAGUCCUUUAUUCUACAUGCAUUGAUACAAUGGUCUGCAUUAAAGCUUUGAAGCAUCA